AUGUACUACUUGGUCCGCAUGGUUUUCUUGCAUCUGGGGGCAAGCCGUCCCUGGAACAUCUUGCUGCUGAUGCUGCUCUUCCUGACGGUCGCGCUGGUCACGCAGAACAUCAUCCCACUCGUGAUGACGCUCAGCGUCAGCCUGUUUUCGACAGCCCUGGCGGUGUAUGUCCUGAUCCUGGCGUACCCGCUGGAACUGUUGGUGAUGUACUUCCUGGACCCCUUCACGGCCGUCCAGAUGGUCUACGCGGGGCUGGGACCAAGCCGUCCUUGGAACGUCAUGCUGCUGAUUCUGCUCUUCCUGUCGGUCGGUGCCUUUCUGGUCAUCGUCAUCCUUAUAACGUUCGCCUUCCUGGCCGCAACCGUCCUUCCAGUGUUUCUUGGUUGUCGGCGCGCCAGGCUGUUGCGAAAGCCUGGCUGGAGCCUGCUGCGACCGCGCUGGGGCCGCAGGCUGGUGAGGCUCAGCUCCCUUUUGCUUCCCACCCAACAGCUUCCGCCCUCCCGAUUUCCAGGCCGAUGGAGAUCCUCGGAGGGAGUGCCGUCG